CAAAAGAAAAAGAGGUAGCUAGGGUUUUAGCAGUCACAACCCACCCAGAGUAGUAGAAUACUUUGGGAACGAACGAACGAAACAAGGGUUUUAGAAAAUCAAUUCCGAAUCUCUCUCUUUCUCUGAUCUCUAACAAUGGCGACUAUGGUUCCACCGAUUCCCACCGCCGACGACAAGAAGGUCGAUCAGAAAGUUGAUUACUCUAACCUUUCUUGUCCCAUUGCCUUCGAAGAACUUCAUCGCGAAGCUAUGAUGUCUUUGAAGCCUGAGCUUUUUGAGGGUUUGCGUUUUGAUUUCACCAAAAUGCUUAAUCAGAAAUUCUCUCUUAAUCACAGUGUUUCGAUGGGACCUACUGAGAUUCCUUCUCAGUCUGCGGAGGUUAUUAAAAUUCCAACUGCUAACUAUGAAUUUGGCGCUAACUUCAUUGAUCAUCCUAAGCUGUUGCUUUUGGGAAGAGCUAUGACUGAUGGAAGAGUAACUGCAAGAGUCAAGUAUGAUGUGUUUGACAAUCUCACUUUGAAAGCUAAUGCUCAGCUAACAAGUGAGCCACAUAUGUCGCAAGGGAUGAUCAACUUUGAUUACAAGGGAAAGGAUUAUAGGACACAGUUUCAAAUGGGGAAUGGAGCCUUGCUAGGGGCAAGUUAUAUUCAGAGUGUGACAAAUCAUUUAUCGUUGGGUGGAGAGGUAUUUUGGGCUGGUCAGCAUCGGAAGUCUGGUGUAGGUUAUGCUGCUCGCUACAACACUGAUAAAAUGGUUGCCACAGGACAAGUUGCCAGCACUGGAAUGGUUCUUUUAAGCUAUGUUCAAAAGGUUUCUGAAAAGGUUUCUCUAGCUGCUGAUCUGAUGUGUAACUACUUGUCAAGAGACGUCACUGCUAGCUUUGGUUAUGACUACAUCCUCAGACAGUGCCGCCUUAGGGGAAAGGUUGAUUCCAAUGGUGUUUGUGCUGCUUUUUUGGAGGAGAGGUUAAACAUGGGUCUGAAUUUCAUUCUUUCUGCAGAGCUUGAUCACAAGAAAAAAGACUACAAAUUUGGAUUUGGUUUGACCGUUGGAGAAUAAAUUAGAGCUGGAGUCAGAGCUGUAUUUCCAUUUCCUUUAGCCAGACUAGCCUUGCAAGUUUUCUUGCUUCUUUUUACUUGUUGGGAAUUUUUCUUUUUGAAAAGAAGAAAACAAAGGAGGAAUAUAUCAUUUGUGUCGGCAAACAUCAUUUGUUAUCCACAAGUUGACCCAACAAUACUUCAAAUUUAUUUGGAACUCUUGCCCUGUUUUCCCUUGAGGGGGAAGGAUGUAGAGUGAUAGUAGCAGAUCAAUGCAUAUUUUGCGAUUCAAUUUCAACA